GCCCGGCGCGGAGCAGGGUCGCUGCUGAGCUAGCGGGAGCGGGAGGCUGCGGGCUUUGGUCCCGUAUGUGCGAGCGGCAGCUGAAGAGCCAGCCCGCCCCCGCGCAGCCAGCGGCGCUGGGGGAGCAGCACCGACCCCGCGGGCUGCACUGUCGCUAGGGAGGCAGCUGGGCGAGGCGAGCGCGGUGGCCGAGGGAGCGGAGCGGCUGCUCCGGUAACCAAGGAGCCGACCCAGACACACGCCGGCGCCGCUCCCUUCUCCUCCCGCCUGCCCCGCUCUGGCCAGUCCCUCGCCUGAGGGCAGCCGCGCUCCGCCCCGCCCGGCGCGCCCCCAUUACCUGAGUUGCCUCCGUCCCCGGGACUUGGGCUGUUGUCUCCCCCUGCGGGGGCCCUUCCCACUCCCGCCGCCUGAGAGUCCCGCGCCUGAGGGAGGGUGAGCCGGGCCCCCGCCUCGGCAGCUCGGCUCCUGAUGGCGGCGCAUCAGCAAACCAGGAUCCAAGCCUACCUGGAGAAGAACAGGAUCGGGCCCCUGUUCGAGGAACUGAUGACCAAGCUGAUAACAGAGACUCCUGACCAGCCAAUCCCAUUUCUCAUUGACCAUCUUCAGUCCAAACAAGGGAACCGGAGUCAACUACAGAGAACAUUGUCUGGAUCUGCUGCUCUCUGGGCAGAAAGUGAGACAUCAGAAAACAAAGGAACAAGAAGAGAUUGCAGAAGUUAUGAUAAACCCUGGCAGGUAAAUGCAAAGAAACCUAAAAAGUCAAAGAGUGACCUCGCUGUGUCCAACAUUUCUCCACCUUCACCGGAAUCCAAGUCAUUGCCAAGGUCAAUAGAGCAUCCUAAAUGGGACUGGCGGAGAAAACCGGAGAGCCAGGAGUUUGAUGAAUUAAAUCAUAUUCUUCAGGAGAGUAAGAAGCUGGGGAAAGCCCUUGAGAAUCUCUCUCGCAGCAUUGCUAUUUCUGAUGAACGUGAGAAGGAUGCAACAGGUUUUAAUACUCCUCUUCUAAGACCUCGUGUGAUUGGAGAAUGGGUUGGUCGCGAGGAGAAUGAUGCUGAUCCAUUGGCUGCGGAGAUGUUGCAACCUCCAGUACCAAGAAGUAAAAAUGAACAAUGGGAUAGUGAAGAUAGCAGCAGCAGUCCUGGAGGAAGUUUAAAGAUGGAGCCGAAGACCAAAGGAUUAAAACAGCAACAACAGCAACAUAAGAAGCUACUGGCUGCCAUGCUUUCCCAGGACUCUUUUGAUUCUGUUCAAAGCACAGCUCCCUCAGUGACAGAAGAAGAUAUUGACAAUGAGGAUGAUGCCAUGGAACUGCUAGAGGAUCUUGAUGAUUUAAGAAUGGAAGGAGUAACCAGUGUGAUGACUUCUGGGAGUAAAUUUAAUCAAACUCGAAGCACACAUCCUGCUGAACCUCAGGCGAAGGUCACGUUGAACAUCUGCGCAAGGUGUGCCAGACUGCAAGGAGAUAACUUGGCAGAAACAGCAGAGGAUGUCUCACUAGUGUCUCAGACGACUGAGCAGGCGGCAUCAGAUUCCAAUGCUUCAGUGCCUGGGGUGGAAACACUGAUGGAGGAUGCUGAUGAAUUUGAGAGUGCAUCUCAAAUAACAGGACCUCAUCAACCUGUUUGGGACCUGGAUGUCAUGUGCGCCAGAAACGGAGGGUCCCCAAGCCAGAAACUCCUGAAAGAUUCCUUAGCUGCAAAAGAACUGCUGACCAUGGAAAAACAUCUAGCUGACAUUGAAAAGGACCUAGCACUCUGGGAAGAAGCAAGUAGUAGUCCACAUAUUAAUUUAGUUACAUCACAUCAACCAGGAAAUCUUCAAGCCACACUAGGCCAAAAUUCAAGGUCUCAAGUGCCAAGUCAAACUGGGAAAAAUAUUCAGCUGCAAGAAAACAAAUCACCGCUUCCUACUAACAGCAGAGCGCAGGUCUCCAGUACCUCAAAUAGUAGGCCUCAGACUUCCAAUAUGCAGAACAACAGGCCUCCAACGCCAUCGACUCCAGGAAGCAGACCUGCAACCCCAAAUAGUUUGUUGCCAAGACCUCAUACCUCUAGCAACCAGGGAAAUAAGGAUGGAAUCCUUAGUAUGCAAAGAAGCAGAUCCUUAACGUCUAAGAGUCAAAUUGGGAGGACUCUUGGCACUCCUGCAGGGCUAGCUGUACAAACGAAUGGAGAUAUUAUAGGAACUGUCCCUCAAAGAAUCAGUUUGUCAGAAGAUGAAUUCUUACAUCAAUUUCAGCUUGCCCACCAACCAUGGAUAUUGCCAAGUGACACAGAGAGUGAAGGUGUGGAAGCAGAUCAAGAUAAAUGUAUGAAUUUAAGGCAAAACCAGUCUCUGCUGCCUCUAUAGGAAACAAUCUGGAUGUAAGGUUUGUGAAAUCAGUGGGAAUAUUGAAGAAUUUAAUUAAAACAAAAUCAUAAUUAUCAAACCUACACCUGAAGAUCUGUUUUAGUUUACGUAUAAUAAUUUUAAAUAGUUAUUUUUAUAAUAUCAACAAUACUUAAAUGGAAUUAUUCUGUGUGGAUGCUGUAAUGCACCGAAUCAGAUUACUAACUAUGGCACAGUGUCCUUAGGUAAAGAAGGUUUACUGUCACUUUUGAAUACAUAGUUAGUAUAAUGUAUUUUGUUUAGUUUAUAUCCCUGUUAUUUUGGAGUGACAUUUGAUAUAUUAAACUUUGCCUGAUCAAAACAAACUUUGCUUAAUGAUUUAUGUAUUUUAACUUGUCUAAGGUUUUCUACUCCUUAUAUUUUUGUAAUUUUUUCUCAUUUUUAGAUUAAUAAACAUUAAAGCAUUCACCCACAUCUACCAAUAUGUAUGUCCUGUUCAAGUCUCUCAGAGAGCUAGUUGCUCACCAUAGUCACCUAGAGAGAGGGGUAGGUGGGGGAGAAAGAGAGAGGGGUAAGGAAGGGAGGUGUAGCAGAAACAGGUGUUGCCUAUGUCACAUAGCUUUGUACUGAGUUUAUCUACUUUGUCCUUAAAAAAAUAAACACAGACUCUGUUAAAAUGGAAUACACACAUGAGGAAUGAAACGUGCAUGCCAAAAAUAAAGCACUAAGGGAAUUUCAUGUAGAAAAUGAAUUUUAUUUACCCAUAUAAAUUACCGAAACAAAUUAUCUGUUUUAAACAAGUUAAUUGGUGUAAGCUGCUUGUUUGGAAUUUUAAGAUAUGUCUGUGCACAAAUAUCAAAUUAAGGGAUGUGAUGAUGAGUACAUUUACUGAUCUCAUUUAGCUGUUGAUUCUGUUAAGCAUAUUUGCAGCUUGUUUUCUUUUGUCUUCAGUUAGGUUCAGUUGUUUCUGUAUCUUAGACAUAACUGUAUAAUGAAACUGCUUGCAACUGUUACGAAAACAGACUGUAACCACCAUCAGUUUGUUUAAGAAAUAAAAAUGAAUUCC